GUUACAUGAGCAAAAAAAAAAAAGAAAUUAUAAUAAACCAAAAAAAUUAGAUAAAAUCAACAAAUAUAUAUAAAUAAUAUUAUCAUCGUGUAGUGAAUGUGUGUCGUGAUAUAUAAAAAUAUUUUAUUGUGAUUAUAAUAACAAUUAUAAUGUGGUGUGCGGUACUUUUCUUCCUGGGACUUACUUCCUGCUGCAAUACUGUGAUGGCACACUCUAGUUCGAGAUCUGGACAAUCUUCUGGUGCGGCUCAAAAAUUAGUUCCUCUGGUCGACGUGACGAGUGUCGAAGGACAGAACGUCGAAUUAUCCUGCAACAUAACGCCGCCCAGACACGACAAACUUCACAUGGUACUCUGGUAUAAAAACGACGACGGCGUACCGAUUUACACGUUUGACGUGCGCGGAAAGUCCCUCGAACACGCACAGCACAAGUCGGAAAUUUUCGGUAGUCGCGCCUACUUCAGGACAACGGUUCAACAGCCAGCUGUCCUCGUCAUUAAACAGAUAAAACGCCACGACGCAGCUGCCUACAGAUGUCGAGUCGAUUUCCGGCUAGCCCAAACCAGAAGCUUCCGGUACAAUCUCACCGUCAUUGUACCCCCCGAACAACCGACCAUCUUGGACAAACGUGGUCGCAUCCUGAACGUCACCGUCGGUCCUUACCAGGAGGGUGACGAAUUGCUGCUCAACUGCCGCGUCAUUGGCGGAAAACCACCGCCAUUAGUGAGAUGGGUAAUUAACGGCUUAAUUGGAGAUCAAGAUUCUGAAAUCCAAGUCGGAGACGUGAUCGAAAACAGGUUGACUUUAGCAUCGAUCAGCCGGGGUGACCUCGGCACCAGAUUUACAUGUCAGGCGUUGAACACGAAGCUGGUUGAACCGAAAGAGGCUUCGCUCGUGCUGGACUUGAAUUUGAAGCCAUUAACGGUGGUGAUAAAAAAGCCGGUUUCUACAACAAACGGAAACGGAGUUAGCGACGCUCUAAGAGCUGACAAACUCUACAAGGUUGCCUGUGAGACAACCGGAUCCAGGCCUCCGGCGAUCAUUACUUGGUACGAAGGACAAAAGCUCCUGAUGGGUGACAAGAAAAAACCAUGGGAAGAAGAAACUCGAGAGAAUCGUACCAUCAGUUUGCUCAGCUUCCAACCGAGGGUCGAAGACAAUGGAAAAACGAUCACCUGCAGAGCGGAGAAUCGAAACGUAACGGGACUUCACCUGGAGACGUCCUGGACGAUAAACGUCGAGUAUCCCCCAAUUGUUUCGCUGAGUUUAGGAUUAACGUUAAGCCAGGAGGACAUCAAGGAAGGGGUAGACGUCUACUUCGAGUGUCACGUCAAGGCGAAUCCACCCUGGAGGAAGUUAACCUGGUUCCACAACGAUGAAAUGUUGGUGCACAAUUCGUCGGCGAAAAUAAUAAUAUCAAACCAGAGUCUCGCCCUACAAACCGUGACCAGAAGCAGCGCGGGCUUCUAUGUUUGUGCGGCCAGCAACGCCCUGGGCGAAACACGAAGCGAACCGCUGCCCUUCCGAGUAAAAUUCGCCCCGAUUUGUAAAGAGGAUCGAAUAGUCGUCGUCGGUGCUUCCAAGGGCGAAUCAUUGGACGUUGUCUGCAGAGUGGACGCUCAUCCUCCGGCUCAUAGUUUUAGAUGGAAAUUCAACAACAGCGGUGAAACACUGGAAGUUGUUUCCGGUACACAUUCCGUUGAUUCCAACGGGGUUAGCACGCUGAGGUAUACCUUGGCGAAAGAAAGGGAUUACGGAACACUUAGUUGCUGGGCGGACAAUGCAGUUGGAUCGCAAACUAAACCGUGCUUAUUUCAACUUGUGGCAGCCGGAAAACCGUCACCGGUGCGAAACUGUUCGUUGGCAAAUCAGACGUACACAAGCGUCGAAGUUCGUUGUAUUCCUGGUUACGAUGGCGGUCUACCGCAGCGUUUCGUACUCGAAGUGUUCCACGGCGACGUUGAUUUCCUCGCCAGUACCCAACCGUUGUACAACGUUACGUCGAUCGAAGAGCCGGUUUUUUCACUGGCCGGCAUCGAGGCGACGGUAGACGCCGGUGUUCACGUUGCAGUUUACGCCGUUAACGCCAAGGGUAGAAGUUCCGCCGUCAUCCUCAGCGAGGUCACAUUCAGGGACGCCGAAAAGAGGACGGGUCAGCAUUCGGGAAUGGCGAUGUCUCCCCUGAUCGGUGUCGCGGUUGGGGCGGCGGUGACUUUGGGCUCGGUGGUUUUGGUAGUUCUGAUACGAGCGCGUCGCGAGAGAGUGACGAAACCGCGCCACGAAAAGCCAUCCGGUGAAAUAAGCGACGUGCCGAAUUCCCAACAACAAUAUCCCAUGCAGAAUAUGCAACCGACGAUCGAAACCGAUCCGGACGUCAUUCCGAACAAAUUCGAGGGUAAUCUCGUGGAAGUGAGUCCUCCGAGUUACCAAAAUUGUCCAGUCGGUUAUCCACCAGGUCAAUGGGUGACACCAGGUCCGACGCCUAGCAUAGACGAACUGUGUAGAAAAUUUUCGGGCCGGCCAACGGAGCUCAGGCUGCCCUCAAGAAGUACAAUACCCUGUAUGCCGGGUACGGGCGUAGUCGUGUGUGCAGGUCAAGGGGUGAUCGUAGCCGGCGAAUGUCUCGACGGUGAGGCAAUAAAAAGACGUUUAAUGGCAAACAGACUUCCCGAAAGUUGUGUCUAAAAAAAAACAACAACAACAACAACACAAAAAUAAAGCAUCGCCAACGAUGAGAUUAUUUAAAACCAACCCCCUAUUUAACCCGACUUACUACUACUAUUACCCGCAACAAUAUACAUUCGAAAUUGAAUUGUUAUGAAAAUAUCGCGCAGGACCAGGUGAAUUGAAAAAUAAUACACAAAUCAAUUAACUUAUCGAAUCACGCGUUAAUUAAUCUAUUGUGAUCCUUCAAAGUGCAAAAAUAUGUCGUUUUUAUUUUCAUUCAAAUUUCUUUUCAUUUUCAUUCGUUCGUAUUGAUCUCCCCGUAAAGUCUUGCGUUCUCGUUGAAAUGUUAUACAUAACAUGAAAUUUUAAUAUUAUGUAUAUCAUUACAUGUACGUACAUGUAACGAUACGUUUCUCUGCUCAAUUAAAAAUCGUCACUCGCUCAUUUAUUCGAAUGAGAAUAACAUACGUGGGUACGUAGGCGAAUAUGAUUAUAAAUUUAAUUAAGGGACGAUGUUUGAAAACGAAUGAAAAUUUGAAAACCUAGAUUGAAAAAUGAUUAAAUGUUUGCAAAUGUUCGCGUAUGCGCGGUGUGCGUGUGUGUGUGCGUAAGUAUAUAUGCGAUGGGAAUCUUAGAAUCGUAAAAUAAAAGAAAUAAAUCACAACUAAUACGGAUGCUAUAAAUAAAAUGAAUACGGUGACUAUAAUAAUAUAAAUAAAAAAAAUAAUAAUUAACGAUAAUAGCAAUAACGAUAAUAAUAAUAUUAAUUACCACAAUGAUAAUAACGAUAACAAAAACAACAUUGAUAUUAACAGAGUGCGGUGACGACUAUUUCUCCCUCCAUGAAACCAAAGAAAAAAAGAGAAAAUUUUUAAUUUAUUAAAUAUUCUACUCGAAGAAAUGGUAUAAUUAUAAUGAAAAUUUGGUGUGUUCUAUAGCUACUAUGAUAUAUAUUUAUGACGAUGUAAGUGAAGAUAUGCAUGAAAGAAAAAAACACUACGAACUAAAAUAGAAAACGAAGGAACAAAGUACGCAGAGAAAGUGAAAAGGAAAAGGAGAGAAAAAAAAAUAUUACCUAACGAAAGAAAUAGGGUGAAUAUUUUUGACUUUGAAAGUGCUGAAGAAAAUUUUGAGUGAAUGGAGUAUGUGGACCUCCCUGCCCCUCACACACACCCGACUAUAUCACCGUGACGAUUAUGGUGAUCAGAUUAAAUUUUGAGUGUCCCAGUCUUGUAAGAAGACGAAAAAAUGUCAUUCCAAGUGAAGCCUUUGGAUCUACGGCCGAUCAGGCGGUGCGUGCGACGCUUUUCUUCAUUUUUUAUUCUAAUCUACAACCCUGACGUGACGAACAAAAAAAAAAAGGAAGAUGUCGAAGUUAAAGGAGAAGGAGAUCGAAGGAUACGUGUAGGAAUCGAAAAAAAAAACUUCAUCAUCCACAAGGUUUGUGAACCCUUUUGUUCCUAAUUUUCUUUUUUCGAUUAUUCUUGAUAAUAACCCGGCCAAAUUUACGUACAAGAAGCACAAUAUACAUUUAGUACCUAAAUACGAACUAUCCCUCGAUAAAAGCAGACCGAAAAUUUGAAACAGAAGUAAAAAAGAAACCGGCAUUGACAAAGCUUACGAUUAGACAAAUAAUAACAAUUCCAACAAUUUUGAAUAUCCUCACGUACCACGUCGUCGAUGAUAAUUAGCAAUUAAAAUGUCAAAGGACUAAACGUCAAAUUUACCAUACAUUAUCAGAUGUGAGUGUUAUAAAAAAUAAAAAAUGAAACAAUUAUUUACGGAAUGAAAAACGAAGUUCUUUUCUAAAGGUAAUAGUAAUUAUAACAAUAAUGGAUAACAUCAAAAAUAAAAAAAAACAUGAAUAAAGGGUCGUUAUUUGUUAGUUAACUGAUAUUGUAUUACUGAUGUAUAUAAUUGUUAUAAAUCUUUACAGCUAUAUAAUGUCAGAGAGGAGUAAAAAAUAAAGUACAUAAUUAAGAGUAAAGAACAGAAGAAAAAUUAAUAAUAAUAUGAUAGUAAUGAAAAAAAUAUUAUUUAUACAGCAUGGAACGUUGAUAUUAUUUAUUUGAAUGACGUUUCGAGCAUAAAUAUUAUAUAUAUAUAUAUAUAAAAAGUAUGGAAUGAAAUUUGUAAAUAUAACGUAAUAUCAUUGAAUCGGAAGACGAUGGUAACAUAUAUAUUAUAUAUAUUACAUGAAAAAAAUAUAAGAGAGAGAGAUAACGAUAAUAAAUAAAUAAAUUUAUAAAUAUGAAUGACGAUUGGAAAGAGAGAUCAGAAAAAAAGAAGAACCUAAUUUAUCACGUCAAUUUGAUCAAUCGAGAGACUUAUACUUUUUGAUUAAAUUAUUAAUAAUAUUAUUAACAUAUUAUUAUUGUAACGAAAACUGCAGCGCGGUAAGGUAGCCGUACGAUACUAUGCUCGUUUGGUUUAUAUAUUGCAGAAAAAUUGGAAGAAAAAAAUUUUAAGAAAAAAAAAACGAAAUGGACGAAUAAAUGAAUAAAAUAAAUAUGAUCAUUGUAUAAUAGCUGCGACGAUUCCAUAUCCUAUUACCAUAUCACCCGUAUAUAUGAAACGAUCAUCAUUAUUAUAUAUAUAUAUACAUACAUAUGUAAAUAAUAUUAAUAAUAAAUAUUAAUGAUAAUAUUAACGAUAAUGAUAAUAUACGGAAUCUACUGAAUUUCAAUAAAACUGUUUAACUGUCAAAUUUCAGGUUACGAA